GAGCGCCGCGGAGGCAGCAUGGAGGGCGCGCACAGCUCGACGGCCGAGGAGGCGCUGCGGCGCUUCGGCGUGCGCGAGAGCUGCGGGCUCAGCGCCGAGCAGGUCCGGCGGCACCGGGAGAAGUACGGCGCCAACGAACUCCCUGCUGAAGAAGGGAAGUCGCUCCUGGAAUUGAUCAUCGAGCAGUUCGAAGACCUCCUGGUUCGCAUCCUUCUCUUGGCGGCCUUCAUCUCGUUUAUCCUGGCCUGGUUUGAGGAAGGGGAAGAAACCACGACGGCUUUUGUAGAACCCGUUGUCAUCAUCAUGAUCCUCAUUGCCAAUGCAGUGGUCGGAGUGUGGCAGGAGAGGAACGCCGAAAGCGCCAUCGAAGCCUUGAAGGAAUACGAACCAGAAAUGGGGAAGGUGAUCAGAGCAGACCGGAAUGGAGUCCAACGCAUCCGAGCACGAGACAUCGUUCCGGGAGACAUUGUGGAGGUGGCAGUCGGUGACAAGGUGCCGGCUGACAUCCGGAUCAUUGAGAUUAAAUCCACGACAUUACGAGUAGACCAGUCCAUUCUCACUGGCGAAUCCGUCUCUGUCAUUAAACACACCGAUCCGAUUCCGGACCCCAGGGCCGUCAACCAGGAUAAAAAGAACAUGCUUUUUUCUGGUACCAACAUCGCUGCUGGCAAAGCGGUUGGCGUCGUCAUUGCCACGGGGGUCUUCACGGAAAUCGGGAAGAUCCGGAACCAGAUGGCGGCCACCGAGCCCGAGAAGACCCCCUUGCAGCAGAAGCUGGACGAGUUCAGCCAGCAGCUGUCCAAAGUUAUCUCGCUGGUGUGCAUCGCCGUCUGGGUCAUCAACAUCGGCCACUUCAGCGACCCGGUGCACGGUGGCUCGUGGUUCCGCGGCGCCAUCUACUACUUCAAGAUCGCGGUGGCUCUGGCAGUGGCCGCGAUCCCCGAGGGACUUCCUGCCGUAAUCACCACGUGCCUGGCCCUGGGCACGCGCCGCAUGGCCAAGAAGAACGCCAUCGUGAGAAGCCUGCCCUCCGUGGAAACCCUCGGCUGCACGUCCGUCAUUUGCUCUGACAAGACGGGUACCCUGACCACCAACCAGAUGUCUGUCUGCAGGAUGUUCGUUGUGGAGAAGAUUGAGGACAUUCAUUGCAAUUUGCAUGAGUUCACCAUCACCGGGUCCACCUACACCCCCGAGGGACAAAUCUUGAAGAAUGACUGCCCUGUUCAGUGUGGACAAUUUGACGGCUUGGUGGAACUUGCCACCAUCUGUGCCCUUUGCAACGAUUCUUCGCUAGAUUACAACGAGUCCAAGAAAGUCUACGAAAAGGUGGGCGAAGCAACAGAAACAGCGUUGACUUGCCUGGUGGAGAAAAUGAACGUUUUCAAUACAGACACCAGCAACCUUUCUAAAGUCGAGAGAGCCAAUGCGUGUAAUACAGUGAUCAAACAACUGAUGAAGAAGGAAUGUACCCUUGAAUUCUCCCGCGAUCGCAAGUCUAUGUCCGUUUACUGCACACCUGUGGACUCCGGGCACAAUUCCUCCAGCAGCAAGCUCUUUGUCAAGGGUGCUCCGGAAAGCGUCAUUGAGCGCUGCAGAUACAUCCGGGUGGGCAACAAUCGGGUCCCGCUGAAGUUCUCCACCAAAGAGAAGAUCUUAUCUAAAAUCCGGGAGUGGGGGACCGGCAUUGACACGCUGCGCUGCCUCGCCCUGGCCACGAGGGACCACCCGCCCCGGAAAGAGGACAUGCGCCUGGAUGACGCCAGCCAGUUCAUUAACUACGAGACCAAUCUGACCUUCGUCGGCUGCGUGGGCAUGCUGGACCCUCCCCGGAAGGAAGUGGUGUCGUCCAUCGAGAUGUGCAAGAAAGCCGGCAUCCGCGUCAUCAUGAUCACCGGAGACAACAAGGGGACGGCCGUGGCAAUCUGCCGGCGGAUCGGGAUCUUCACAGAGACCGAGGAGGUGGCGGACAAGGCUUACACGGGCAGGGAGUUUGACGACCUCUCGCCGGAAGCCCAGAGUGACGCCUGCCGGUCGGCCCGCUGCUUUGCUCGUGUGGAGCCUGCCCACAAGUCCAAGAUAGUCGAAUACCUCCAGUCGUUCAACGACAUCACGGCCAUGACCGGUGACGGAGUGAACGACGCCCCGGCUUUGAAGAAAGCCGAAAUUGGCAUUGCCAUGGGCUCGGGCACGGCCGUGGCCAAGUCGGCCGCCGAAAUGGUCUUGUCCGAUGACAACUUCUCCACCAUCGUCGCCGCCGUGGAGGAGGGCAGGGCCAUCUACAAUAACAUGAAGCAGUUCAUCCGGUAUCUCAUCUCCUCCAACGUCGGAGAGGUCGUCUGCAUCUUCCUGACGGCCAUUUUGGGCCUCCCGGAAGCUUUGAUCCCGGUGCAGCUACUUUGGGUGAACCUGGUGACGGACGGGUUGCCGGCCACGGCUCUCGGCUUCAACCCUCCCGACCUCGACAUCAUGGACAAACUUCCGCGCAACCCCCGAGAGCCACUGAUCAGCGGCUGGCUCUUUUUCCGCUACCUCGCGAUUGGAGUGUACGUCGGCUUUGCAACUGUGGGGGCAGCGACCUGGUGGUUCUUGUAUGAUUCCGAAGGGCCGCAAGUUACCUUCUACCAGCUGAGGAACUUCAUGAGAUGUACGGAGGACAACCCCAUCUUCGAAGGCAUCGAGUGCGAAAUCUUUGAGUCUCGUUAUCCCACCACCAUGGCGCUCUCGGUGCUGGUGACCAUUGAGAUGUGCAAUGCGCUCAACAGCGUUUCUGAAAACCAGUCCUUGCUGAGGAUGCCUCCCUGGCUCAACCUUUGGCUGUUGGGGGCCAUUGUCAUCUCGAUGGCCUUGCAUUUCCUCAUCCUUUCCGUGAAGCCGUUGCCGCUGAUCUUUCAGGUGACCCCACUUAGCUGGCCUCAAUGGGUGACGGUGCUGAAAAUCUCCUUGCCGGUCAUACUGCUAGAUGAAGGCUUGAAGUACCUCUCCCGCAACCAUUUAGACGGCAAAGAGACGAAGAAAUGAAUGACACAAAGGAAUCUCUCUUUCUCUGCAAACGAACCCCAAACUCUGAUCUGGGACUGGAAAAAAAAUUGCAUGCUCGAACAUCGCCAGGAGCCAGCAAGGAAAUAAUGCAUGUUUUCAAAGUCUCGGACUUGAAUGCGGGUGAAUCGUCAAAUGAAAAGGAAAUCCGAUUUUGUUUUUCUUUUUACUUCGGUUAUGUAGGGUUUUUUUCCUCCCUUGUACAUAAUGGUGCAAAUACUGGAUAGCUAAA